AUGCGGUUCCUUUUGGCAACGGCGCUGGCACUGCUGGUCGCGAUAGACCUCGCAGCAGGCGAAUGUAGUCCUUUUGCGAAGUCUAUCAAUGUGUCUAUGUGCAGCUGGCAAGGACUGCGUGCCAAUAUCGUGCGCGAUAAGAUCUAUCUAGACGGAGGGCAGUUAUGGUAUCAAAAAGGAACCGACGACGGUUGCGUCUCACCCCAGAUAGCUAACAAUCUGGAAGGCACUGUCUACUACCUUAACCUUGGCACACCCUUUGACAGUAGCUCGGAUUUUGUGACUGUUCUUAACAACAUGUCGGCUGCCGGCGAUGCUGGUAGCAAUAUCGCCCCGCCCUACAGUGACGGAACGAUGUUUUCCAACGACAACGAGUUCUACCUAUACGGGGGAAUGCUUCCUAAUACCGCCAAGAACAAGCCUCCGCCUGAGGGUCUGGUACUUUCUUAUGCUGCAUAUCAGUAUGGUCCAUACAAAAGCUCCUGGGAGUCAGGUUGGAAGCAAGAGUACCUCACCAGUGGAGUCACUCGCUACAUUACCAAUGGUGCAGCAGCUUCGGCCCCUAGUGAGAACUUGGGCUUCUAUUUCAGCGGGAUGAGGGCGCCAGAUUGGGGCGAUUUCACUGUGAAUCAGCUGCAGUCUAACACAACAGCGAACACACUUAUCACAGUGGACAUGUCUGAGCUCCAGGACGGAAAGUGGAAAAAUGAGACUCUACCAAGCUAUAUCCCUGGUCGCUCAAAGGCCGAGUUAGUUUGGGUUCCCGUUUCUGAGUCUGGGGUAUUGGUGGCCAUCGGCGGAGUGAUCAAUCCAGCUCAAUUCUUCCGCAACGAAGAUAUAAACUCAACGCGGACGCAAGCAAGCAGAAGGAUCAGCCCGACAUUCAUGGAGACGGUCUCGGUAUUUGAUGUCAAGACUAAGACUUGGUAUCUCCAGAAGACGACGGGUGAUAUACCUCCGCAAUUGACGGAUUUCUGCUCAGUCGUUGCGAGCGCAGAGGAUGGCUCCUCUCACAAUAUUUAUAUUUACGGAGGAUAUGAUGGUAUCAAAUACACCAAUAAUCCGUCGGACGAUGUGUACAUAUUGUCCCUACCUUCCUUCAAAUGGGUCAGGGCGUAUGAGGGGACAAACACACACAGUCGCAGCAGUCAUCGAUGCUUCAAGGUAUACCCUGAUCAAAUGUUAGUAGUUGGAGGGCAACACGUCGACCCGAGUCACUGCCUAGAGGGAGGCCUCGUCGUCAACUUCAACCUCAACACUUUGGAAUUUGAGGAUGGCUAUGAUCCGAAGAAAUGGGGCAAGUACAAGGUACCGAAUAUAGUCACACAAAGUAUCGGUGGGGACUCUAAAGGAGGUGCAACGACGACUGCCCCAUCUUCAUGGACAAACAGCUCUCUGGCUAAAAUCUUUGAUAAGAAAUACGACAAGAAGACCGAGACAUACUGGCCGUAUAACAGCACCAAUAGCACUGACAGCACCGGCAAUGCCUCCACAGCAGAUGAUAAGAAGAGUGACGGAUUCCCUGGCUGGGCAGGUGGAGUAAUCGGUGCGGUUCUCGCCGUGCUCAUCAUUGCGAUUCUUGCUGGACUUUGGUUUUAUCGCCGACGUAAACAGCAACGCAAGGCCGCGGAAGCCAAAUUCACAGAGGAGGAAACCACCGAACGUCCCACGGAAUGGAUGUACGGAAGUGGCCCAGUUUCUCCUGGGCCUGGUCCGGUAUCAGCGUCUUCUGGCAGGGAGACGUUGCAAACCUCUGCGACCCAGCCAUCGACCAUGCAGCCGUCGAUAACCCAGGCUUCGACACUGCCAGAUUCAAUUGUCUCACCGGCUACCCCUGGCACAGUUGAGUCGGGAGGAGAUGCAUUAUAUGAAAUGCAUGAUUCAUCACCCGUUGAGCUUCCCACACCAUUCAACACUUCCUAUUUCACCCAACACAAGUCUCCAAAGACAGCUGAAGAAUUUGAUGCCAAAUCCGAGGACAAUACCGACCCUAGGCAAGGCUCCUUUUCUCCUGUCUCACCGCAGUCCCCUAGUGAGACAGAUUCGGAAUUCUCCUAUCGCACAGGUCGGCACAGACGGAUUUCAUCACUGUCAUUAACAUCGCCAAUGUCUAUUGAUGAUGUGGUGAAAGGUCGAACCUCACAUUUCCAAGAGUCCUUUGAAAAGACGGAGACGAGACACGAGCGGCACGGCUCUGAUGUCUCCCAAGGGAGCGAUACAUCCGAUCUCAAAGGAUGGAGAUCAGGGAGUGAGACGAUUCAUGAGAAUGAGUAG